GCCGCGCACUGACAAAUGUCACAUUAGUUCUGCUGCUGAAAACACACACUUAUUCACAUUUCUUAUAUCGCAUGCACCGCGAAUACAAACGGCGACAUCUGGGAAGAUUUUUGCUUCACUUUGUUGAACGUCCGCCGAGGAUAAUCCAGCCUACAGCAUGGUUCAUCUAUCAUCUCUCCUGCUAAAGAAGUACCAUGGGGGUUAUGUUGUCAUCCGAUUUGCUCUUGGGGGCCACAGACAAGCUAACAGACCCUUUUAUCGCAUUGUGGCAGCUUACAACAAAAGGGCAAGGGAUGGUAAAUACAUAGAGCAGCUGGGCACCUACGACCCUCUCCCAAACAUCUACAACGAGAAGCUUGUCAGCUUCAACUAUGACCGAAUCAAGUACUGGAUCGCCUGUGGCGCACACCCUUCAAAGCCAGUGGCCAAACUUCUAGGGUUGGCAGGAUUUUUCCCUCUGCACCCCAUGACGAUAACAGAAGCAGAGCGUAAACGAGCCCAAACUGCGCAGGCAGAAACAGCAGCUGGACCAGGGGAUGGUCUGGAGGAGGGACAGAAGGAGGCUGAAGUAUGAGAAUUCAAGCUGGGGACUGUGUGUGACUGUCCAGAACUAAAGUAUAUCAGUUAAUUUGAGAAAGAGCAGAUCAAUUUGUUUCCUAACCGGUUGGGCGGACUGUUCACAGCAACGUCAGACAUGGCCUAUUGUAUCUCUCGUUGCGUUGGUAGCAGCUAUGAACUGUUCAUAUUAAAACUGAUUCUUGAUAACAUUCAGUUGCUUCAGGUUAUGUUUUUGAGAGCACCAUAACAGGCAGUUGUUUGUAUUUACUGUUUUGUUUGACCUAAAGUAUUUCAAUAUUGUUGCAUUUCUUUGAGGUUAAGUUGCAAAUUUUCUCUAUUAUCCUCUUUCUAACUCUGACCUUUACAGAUGAUUCUACCACGAAUGUCAAGAAAUUAAGUAGUUUUGUUUGCUUUCCACAUGACAAGUGAACCUCUCAACCACCCCCUUCCUUUUGUCUGUCUUCUUUCUUUUGGCCAGCACAUAUUUGAAUGUGCACACAUGAAUUAAUAGUGAACGUCAGUACUGUUAAAAGAAAGAAAUGAGAAGUGGGUGGGUUUGUUGAUACAAUCACUGGCAAGCUUUUCAGCACUUAGGUCCUCUUUGGCUCAAUAGCAAAUACUGCACUGUGUGUUUUGGAAACCUUUGUAAACUGGAAAAUCACUGUUCACUGGCAGAAGUCACGUCAUGUUCGACAAUAAUUUUUGAGUUGUGGUAGAAUAAAUCAUGUCCUGACUGUUUCAAAGGAAACAACCUAGUGAUGUUUUUUACAGGAUGAGUAUUUACAGACUGAAGUCAUCACUUUGUCUGCUCAAACUUGUAUUAAUGACCGCCAACAUGCACAAUCAAUCAGACGCACAAUAAAUAAUCAGUUCCAGAAUAGAUUAGGCAUGAUUAAGAUGGAAAAAAGUAGCAGUAAUAUCAUAUUGAUCUCUUCAAAGCAUAAACAUAUCACACAUAAUUCUGUGGUUAACGACGUAAUGCAGCAAAUGUCUUCAUCAACACGCCAUAUUAUUAAAAAAAAAAGAUUUGCAGACAGCUACGUGCAUGUUGUUUUUUGUUAAACCUUGUGCAGAGUAAGCACACACAUACUUCCAUACUCCUGCACUUCCAGCUCUAAUAUUGUUUGGGCUCUGUUCACAAAAAGCUCUGGGGAUCACGAAGAGUCAGUUCUUCAUUUAACAAAAUACCACAAACACGAAUUGAACUGGAAUAUAGUUUGCAUUUAGAUGAUGACAUUCAAUAUAUUUAAACUGCAGUGUGGUUUGUAUGUCCCUUUCUUAUCCUUGCAUGCUUGUCCUAUCUUGAACAGGUCCAUAUUCCAACCCACAAAUGUGGUUUGCGUCAAUCAGGCAGUGUUAAAAAAAGGGCCAAGACGCAUUUAACAACAUUCAGGUGACAUUUGAAAGACCAGCAGAAACAAGUGCAAAACUUGAAAUAGUUCUGCUGAUGAUAAGUCAGUUUGCUUUUUGAACAUGUUGCCGUACUGAGCAUUCCCAAAUACAGCUGUCAUUGUGAAGCAGCAGGGUAUUCCUGAGAAAUCAUGAUCAGUAAUUCCACUCAGGGAAAGUUACCAUUACACAUGUUCUCGAAAUAAACAUCAAAUAUCAGAUCAUAGUAAGUAAAACUGUAAAAUUAAAAAAAUGUCCCAAAUAAUUUCUACUAUUAUGAAAUUGUUCCAGUUUAGCAGGACUUUGUGAGCAGGAAAUAAUCGUUUUUUGUUGAGUGGCUUUUCAGAAAUGAUUUUCUUAUGAGCAAACAGAGGUGCGGCAAGCUUUAUCCAAACCACUCAUGGCCUCAAGAGAAAUACUUGUGUUUAACUUUUCCUGGUACUGUUGAGAUUGUUUAACUGUGACUGGAUCAUGUUUAACAGUCUAUUUCUGGCAUGACUAUUCAAAUGGCUAUAUUGUCAAUAUGUUGCUCAAUGUAACCACCCUUAAGUUACGCUCAUGUGACCUCGUCCAUCAUGUCCAGUGACGUCAUGGCAUGCAAAUGCUGGAUUGAAAUACCGCAAAUGUCAACAACAGAGCAAAUAAAAUACCAUUUGCCAGAUUUAUUGAAAUAUAACAACAAAUUCAACGUGUGUAUGAAAGGCAAAACAAGACAUGUACAGUUAUAUAACAUUCUUUUAAUAACAUUCAAUCAAUAACUAAAAUAACCAUUUUUCAGUUUUUAAUUUUAUUCUGGAAAAAUGUUUCUCUC